UAUAUCUCUAUCAAUAUAUAUAAAUGUAUAUAUAAGCAAGUAAGAUAAUCCAUUACUAAUGUAAAUAUGUAAUUAAGCACCGACUUAAUAAUUUAUAGGAAAUACACGGAUAAAAGAUAAGCGGAGGAAAGUAGCAGCCAAAAAAAAGUGUCUGAUAAGAAGUCCCGCCCAGACCAAAAUUGGAAAAAAAUAAAAGUCAAAAGACGCUAAGAACAAAAGAUAUCCACAGUUUUCGUAGAUCAGAUCCAACAGUAAGCAUAUACUAGUUAAAGUUAAGGUACAAUUACAAUUACAUUUAAUUAUAGAAAAAGUAAAGAUAAAAUCCUGGAACGUAUGCUGACAUAAAACAGUCCAAAGAUGUCACUGAUAAAUGAGAAAUCAAGAUUAAUUAAUGAAAAGGUCAAAUCUGCAUCGAAGACUCGCUUUAUAAGCAUCGGACUUAUCACCAUAGUAUGCUUCCUUGGACUUCAAUUAUAUCAGUUCAAAAAUCAAGUAUUCUUUUACCAAAGUAUACUUGCAGGUCCACCAUUGCAAAGAACAGAUCCUUAUCGGGCUUUACAACAAAUUGAACUGGAUGAUCCAUUAUUUGAUAAUAUUGGAAUUCCAACGUUAAACCCGUCUAAUGAACAUUUACAUAUUGGUUCAAAAGCUAUGAUAUCUAGUGAUGUACCAUUAUGUUCUACUAUGGGAAAGAAUAUACUUCUUCAGGGAGGUAAUGCUGCAGAUGCAGCUGUUACUGUUGCAUUAUGUAUUGGAAGUGUUAAUUCACAUUCUUCAGGUAUUGGAGGUGGUUCAUUCAUAUUAAGUAAAAAUGGUAAAGAUUUAAAAAGUAUUGAUGCUAGAGAAAUGGCUCCGCAAGCAGCAUUUCAAAGUAUGUAUGAUGCUAAUCCAUUAUUAAGUAAGAUUGGUGGUUUAGCCAUUGGUAUUCCUGGAGAAUUAGCUGGAUUAUAUGAAUUAUUUAAAUUACAUGGACUGGGGAAACUUUCUUGGAAGGAAUUAUUUGAACCAGUUAUUAAAUUAAAUCGAGAAGGGUUUGUUUGUUCAAAGAUAUUUGCCACUGCUGUUCUUAAAGAGCAUGAAAUGAUUUUAAGUCGAAUUCCAUCAUUAAGAAAACAAUGGGAUUUUAUUUAUGAAGCUGAAGAUAAAUUAGUUCAAGAAGGUGAUAUUAUUAAAAGAUUAAAUUAUGCUGACACUUUAGAAUUGAUUGCUAAUAAUGGUUCAUCGGCCAUAUUUUAUGAUCCUGAUGGACCAAUAGUUGAAUCUUUAGUUCGUACAAUUCAAGAAUUUGGAGGGGUAUUUAAAAAGGAAGAUUUUUCUAAUUAUGAAGUCAUAGUGGAAACUCCAAUAAAUACAACCAUCAAUGUAGGUAAUGAAAGAUAUGAUGUUUUCUCAUCUGGUGGGGUUUCUUGUGGAUUAGCAUUAACUGCUGGUUUAAAUUUCUUUGAUGAAGUAUUUAAUAAUGCUUCUGUUGAUGAGAAUAAUAUUGAUCAAUUAUUAUACAAUCAUAAAGUAAUUGAAAGUUUUAAAUGGUUAGCGAGUAUUAGAUCUGAAUUUGGAGAUGUUAAUGAAACCUAUAAACAGGCAUUAAUAGACAAAUAUGGAGGAGGAAAUCGUACUUGGAUAAAAGACAUUCUUGAAAAUAAAGAAUAUAGUGAUAAUCAAACCUUCCCCUGGAAACAUUAUAAACCUAAAUAUGCAUUGGUUGAGCAUCAAGGAACUGCACAUUUUAAUAUUUUAGAUGAGAAUAAUAAUGCUGUUAGUAUGACGACUACUGUUAAUUUUUAUUUUGGUUCAUUGGUAUAUGAUAGUAAGACAGGAAUUGUGCUUAACAAUGAAAUGGAUGAUUUUAGUGUAGGUACAGAGUCGAAUGGAUUUAACUUAACUCCAUCAAUUUUUAAUUUUGUUGCAUCAUUAAAGCGUCCUUUAAGUUCUACAAGUCCAACUAUGGUAUUGGAUAGUCAAGGACAAGUUGAUUUAAUAAUAGGAUCUGCUGGGGGGUCAAGAAUUACAACAGCAGUUUUACAAGCUAUAAUUAGACUUUAUUAUGAAAAAUUGGAUUUAUUAGACACAAUUUCAUAUCCUAGAUUUCAUCAUCAAUUGAUUCCAGAAUAUAUUAUGGUUGAAAAUUUAACUAUGUUUAAUGAAGAAUAUCCAACCAAUGUAGAAGGUCAAAUGAAAAAUUUAGGUCAUGACUUUUACGUAAGCGGAGCAUUAACUGCUAUGAAUGCAAUUAAACGAAAUAGUAUUACGAAUCAAAUAGAAGGUGUUAGUGAUUAUUGGCGUAAGAGAGGUGAAGCCGAUGGGUAUUAGAUGGAUAAUCCCGAAAAAUAUAUCAAAGAAUUCUAUUCAUAAAUUUAAAUAACCAUCCGGAUAUUUAGCUCAAAUUUAGAAUUAUAUAUUCCAAAUCUGUGACAUAAUUCGCGAUUAAGGUUAUUGAGGGAUAUUUUUUUAUCAUAAGAUAGAUAUGCAAUAAUCAAUUCAAGAAGCCAAUAGAUUGGAAAAAAGAGAAGUUGGUCCUAAGAAAAAUAAAGAUCUGUAAAAAAUGACACCAUUUCUAAUCGUUAUCUAUUGUACUAAUUAUUUAUUUCAUGGAUAUAAUUAAAUUAAAU